GCAGAUAAUUUCUCUUCUAAUCUUUAAAAACAAGGCAUUAAAGACACGUGAAUUUUCUUUUUUCUGUUUUGUGGUUUGUUUCUCAGACUUAUUAAACUAGCAUUUAUAUUUAGACUAUCUUAUAAGUUACUUAAACAUACAUAUAUCACAAUGCCGAAAUCAAAACGGGAUAAAAAAAUUUCUCUCACAAAGACAAACAAAAAAGGACUUGUGUUGAAACAGAGAAUCAUUGAAGAAGUUAGAAACUCCUUAUCGAAAUAUGAGAACGUUUUUGUUUUUUCUGUUGAUAAUAUGCGAAAUACCAAAUUAAAGGAUUUGAGAAAUGAAUGGAAGGAUUCAAGAUUUUUCUUUGGAAAGAAUAAAGUAAUGGCAGUUGCUUUGGGACGAAGUAAGAGUGAUGAAGCUGAAGAUCAAUUAAAUUUAGUUUCAAAAAAACUUAAAGGCCAAUGUGGUCUACUUAUGACAAAUAAAGAUGUUGUAGAUGUAUUACAAUGGUUUGAAGAUUUUGAAGACUCUGAAUAUGCUCGCUCUGGUUUUGUUGCAACACGUGAUGUUAUUCUACCCCAGGGACCACUGAAAGAUUUUUCACAUACAAUCGAGCCUCACCUUAGAAGACUUGGAUUGCCUACCAGCCUAGAAAAGGGAGUCAUUAAUCUUUUAAAAGAAUACCAGGUUUGCAAAAAAGGCUCACCAUUAACUCCAGAACAAGCCAGCAUAUUAAAACUAUUGGGUAUACAAAUGGCAAAUUUCAAAGUUGUGAUCAAAUGCCACUGGUCUAAAGGAAAGGGAUUCCAAAAACACAGUGAUAUAGCAACAGAUGAUGAAGCAAGUGAUGAUGAUGUACAAAAUAAUUCACAUGAAGAUGUUGCUAUGGAAGACGAGGAAACAUAACAUAAGCCCAAUAAUUUUAUAUUUCAAUAAACUUAUGUAUAUGUAA